UUUCAAACAACGGAGGAUCAGUAUUCAUCAAUUCGUCAUCUUUCACUUCGAUGACAGCUUCUUCAUCGGAAAUCCUUCUUGGGUUUUGAUUUUACAGACUUCAUCGUUCAGGGUUUGCUCUACUUUCUUCAAUGGUGGCCUCUACCGCCGUCGCUUCGCCGUUCUGUACAUGGUUAGUGGCUGCUUGCAUGUCUGUUUCCGGCGACAAAAACGACUACCGUCCUAAACCAUCGCCGUCGCCGGCACUGUUUUCAUCGUCGAAAAGGCUCAGUCGGUCGGCCAGACGGAAGUUAUCGGCGGUGACCGAAUGCAAUAAUUUCUCCGGUGGCGGUGGAUUGAUGUCGUCUUUAUGUGGGUCUGGAAUUAUGAACCUGAUGAAUUCGUUAGAGCCAUGUGAGGAGUAUUAUAGGUCUACAUUUGGUUGUGAAAAUGGGUUCUCCAUUUUUGGUUUAAACAACGUUUUUUCGAAGAAUCGCAUUCAGAAACGGAUCAAUCGAGCUGCACAAAUCGGCAAAACCACAGCAAUCGCUGUGCAGCCUGCAAAAGAUGCUACAACAAAGAAGAAACCUGUCACCAAGAAAAGGAGAGUCGUGGUGACGGGACUUGGUGUGGUAUCUCCGGUUGGUCAUGUUGCAGAUGUCUUCUAUGAAAACCUAGUCGAAGGUGUUAGCGGCAUAAGUGAGAUUGAGGCUUUUGACUGUGAUCAGUUUCCCACUAAAAUUGCAGGAGAAAUUAAGUCAUUCUCAGCUGAUGGAUGGGUUGCACCAAAACUUUCGAAACGGGCAGACAAGUUUAUGCUUUAUUUGCUCACUGCCGGCAAGAAGGCAUUGGAAGAUGGUGGUGUUACUGAAGAUGUCAUGAAAGAGUUGGAUAUUGCAAAAUGUGGUGUCCUCAUUGGGUCUGCCCUUGGUGGUAUGAAGGUAUUUCAAGACGGAAUUGAAGCAUUGAGGAUUUCAUACAAGAAGAUGAAUCCUUUUUGUGUACCAUUUGCAACGACGAACAUGGGUUCUGCAAUGCUUGCAAUGGAUUUGGGUUGGAUGGGGCCAAACUAUUCGAUAUCUACGGCUUGUGCUACUAGCAACUUUUGUAUAUUAAAUGCAGCCAAUCAUAUUAUCAGAGGUGAAUCUGAUAUGAUGCUGUCUGGUGGUUCUGAUUCAGCCAUCAUUCCUAUAGGAUUGGGAGGGUUUGUUGCUUGCAAUUCUCUUUCACAGAGGAACAGUGAUCCAACCAAAGCGUCACGCCCUUGGGAUGUGAGCCGUGAUGGAUUUGUCAUGGGUGAAGGUGCUGGUGUUCUCCUUCUAGAAGAGCUAGAACAUGCUAAGGCAAGAGGUGCAAAGAUUUAUGCGGAAUUUUUGGGCGGAAGCUUCACUUGUGAUGCUUACCACAUGAUUGAACCUCAUCCCGAUGGGACAGGAAUAGCUCUGUGCAUAGAAAAGGCGUUGGCUCAAUCUGGGGUUGCUAGAGAAGAUGUUAAUUACAUAAAUGCCCAUGCUACAUCCACACAGUCUGGUGAUCUAAACGAGUAUGAGGCUAUCAUUCGUUGUUUUGGGGACAAUUCUGAGUUGAAGAUAAACUCCACAAAAUCAAUGAUCGGCCACCUGCUUGGGGCUGCUGGUGCCGUCGAAGCAAUUGCUACUGUCAAGGCUAUACAGACAGGAUGGCUCCAUCCGAACAUCAAUCUUGAAAAUCCAGACGUAGGCGUGGAUAAAGAGGUGCUGGUGGGUGCAAAGAAGGAACAAUGCAAUAUAAAGGUAGCACUUUCCAACUCCUUUGGGUUUGGAGGACACAAUUCAUCCAUCUUAUUUGCCCCUUACAAGGAUCAGUAACUCCAAUGGUGCAAUCCAUUUUCUGUGUAAAUCCACAACUUUGAAUGCAUGCGAUACAAGUCACAAUCACUCUUUGAUUUGAACU